UAACAACAGUACAAGCUAUACAUCUACCAUGUCAUUCCGCAAUUUCUUCAAGAGGCUUCCCAGCACAGACACCCGCACCGAACCCGAUGGCUCCAUCUUUUAUUCGAAUACAUCAACAAAAUCACAAAGCAAUGCCCAUUCAUUGACUAGUGCUGCCGAGGGCAAUAGCCCAGACCAUGUCCUCACAUACCUCUAUAGCACUAGCAGCAGUCAAGGCAGUUUCGGCACCCGUCCAUUCACGUACCACAGCUAGACUUGUUCACAGAGUAUUUUAAUAAACCUUUCGGCUUGCAU